UUAGCGGGAAGGGAUUUACUUAAAACUUACCAAUAUAUAUAUUUUUUUAUUAUCGCUCUUCCAAUCCACGUACGAAGAACAAAAACAAAACAAAAUAAAGAAUAAAAUAAAUACGCAGCAGCAGCGGCAGCUGCUCAGAAGUUGAACCAUUUCACGGCAGCCAUGGAAAUGAGACAGAAGAAGGCGAACACUGAAACGACAACAAUCUUCUUUUCCUUCUUCUUCGUCUGCGCUCUUCUCACUCCUUCCGCCGUCGCCGAUCCCCGAACGACAGAUCAGUCCGGCCUAUUCUGCGGCUCCGCCCGCCCGCCGCCGUCAGUCGCCGCCAGCUUCAUCCCUACCUUCGUCAAAGAAAUGGACGCCCUGAGCUCCCAGCUCAUAAACAACAAGCAAAAAUUCGCCACUUACCAUCUCAACAACUCCGCAAUCCCCUUCUACGCUUUGAUCCAGUGCCACGCCGACCUCUCCCAGACCGACUGCCUCCUCUGCUACGCCGCCGCCCGCACGAAGCUCCCCCGCUGCCUCCCCGCCGUCUCCGCCCGGAUCUACCUCGACGGCUGCUUCCUCCGCUACGAGAAUUACAGCUUCUACACGGAAUCCGUCUCCCCAGCCAUCGACAACUUCACAUGCGGCAGCGCCGCCGCCGCAGGAGCGGAAUUCGAGUUCGCGGAGAGCGUGAAGUACGCGGUGGCGAAUGUGACGAGGAACGCGGCGGCGUCGGAGGGAGUGAGCGGGUUUUUCGGAGUGGCGGAGGUUGGAGGAAGAGCUUAUGCUCUGGCGCAGUGCUGGGAGAGCGUCGGGAGAGAUGGUUGCCGGGAGUGUUUGGGUAAAGCCGCCGCCGUGGUGGUCGGAAGAUGUCUGCCGAGGAGGGAAGGGAGAGCGCUGAAUGCCGGUUGCUAUUUGAAGUACUCCGAUCAUAAAUUCUACGGCGAAGGAGGUGUUAGAGUGCAUGGUCACGAAUUUUCAGGGGAUUCAACUUUGGGAGUGAUACUGGCGAUUGCGUUAGCAUCAGCAGCAUUUGCCAUGCUUACACUCUUGGCAGCUUAUGUUAUCCAUCUCAAACGCCUAAAGGAAAUUGUCACAGCACGCAGAAAUCUGGGCAAGGUAUCGAUAAGCUUCAACAGGUUAAGCAUGAACUUCAAGUAUGAAACUUUAGAAAAAGCCACUGAUUACUUCAACCUGUCGAAGAAGCUAGGCCAAGGAGGAGCUGGCACAGUUUUCAUUGGAUCUCUUCCCAAUAACCAAACCGUGGCAGUGAAGCGGCUGAUCUUCAACACAAGCCAAUGGGUGGAGGAGUUCUUUAACGAGGUGAAUUUGAUCAGCGGAAUCCAACACAAGAACCUCGUUAAGCUGCUGGGUUGCAGCAUUGAAGGACCCGAAAGCCUGCUUGUCUACGAGUAUGUUCCCAACAAGAGCCUCGACCAGUUCCUAUUCGUUGUAGAGAAGACCAGCAAGGUGGUGACUUUGAGCUGGAAGCAGAGGUUGAACGUAGUAGUUGGGGCGGCGGAAGGGCUGGCUUAUCUUCAUGGAGAAAGAGGAUCUCCCGUGAGGAUCAUACACAGGGAUAUCAAGAGCAGCAAUGUGCUUCUGGAUGAGGAUUUCAAUGCCAAGAUUGCGGAUUUUGGGCUCGUUCGGCAUUUUGGUGCUGAUAAGUCUCAUCUCAGCACUGGGAUUGCUGGAACCAUAGGGUACAUGGCUCCUGAGUAUCUGGUUCGUGGGCAGCUCACUGAGAAGGCCGAUGUUUACAGCUUUGGAGUCCUGGUUCUGGAGAUUGUGAGUGGGAAAAGGUGCAAUGCUGUUAUAGGCGAAUCCAACUCCCUCCUCCAAGCAGUAUGGUUCUAUUACAGAACGAACAGACUGAUCGAAGCAGUCGAUCCAUCCCUCGACAGUGAUUUCCCAGCCGAUGAAGCACUAAAAGUGCUUAGAAUCGGCCUACUGUGCUCACAAGCUUCAGUCUCCUUAAGACCAUCCAUGGGACAAGUUAUCGAGAUGCUGACAAAUCGUGACUGCGAGAUCGCAGCUCCAAGUCAACCACCUUUCAUGAGGGGUACAGAUUUGAUGGACCCUGAUGCGUCCUUCAGGUCUCGAAGCACAUACAGUUCAGUAUCAGGAGUAUCAAAUGGACAAUCCACCAAAGAGUCUUCCAGCCUGCUCAGCAGCAUAACCACCGGUCCAGCCAGGAGUCAAGAACUAAUAGAGGAGUGAAAAAGUUGUCCCUUUCCAAGCUUGUAUCUUUCACUCAUCAAUCAUUUGUCACUCUGGAAAAGAGGGACCCGAAAGAAGAAAUGGAUGGAAGGGGAAAGGGGGUUGCUCAGGCGGGUGGCCAGCUUUUAGAUGUUUUUUUAUGGCCGGUUGGUUGGGUGAUAAAUGUGGGCGGCAGAAAUGUCAAUAGUUUGUUGGAUUUGGGCGGAAUUUGCAGAAAGAAUCAGCUGUAGUGUGUAGUCCAUAAUUGCCAGUGGUGAUAUGUCAAUAGAAAUCUUUGUUCAUUCACAUGUGGGCAGGGCAAUAAUACAUGAUCCUGCACAUUCAUUUGAUGUGCAACGACCUAUUGGUGAUGUUACCUAGCAACUAGCAAGGUGGCAGACGACUUUGAUCAUGUUGAUGUUAUUUACAAAAUACUACCGUACAACUGCAUAGAUCCA